UCUGACUCGGCGCGGGGUCCAGGAUGACGAUCCGGCACCAAGGCCAGCAGUACAGGCCGAGGAUGGCAUUUCUGCAGAAGAUUGAAGCUUUAGUGAAGGAUAUGCAGAACCCGGAGACGGGGGUCAGAAUGCAGAACCAGAAGGUUCUGGUCACCAGUGUCCCUCACGCCAUGACAGGAAGUGAUGUUCUACAGUGGAUCUCCCAGCGGCUUUGGAUCUCCAAUCUGGAGGCACAGAACUUGGGGAACUUUAUUGUCAAGUAUGGCUACAUUUAUCCCCUGCAAGAUCCCAGGAAUCUCGUUCUCAAGCCUGACAACAGCCUCUACCGAUUUCAGACACCAUAUUUCUGGCCCACCCAGCAGUGGCCUGCUGAAGAUACAGACUAUGCCAUCUAUCUGGCCAAGCGAAAUAUAAAAAAGAAAGGGAUUUUAGAAGAAUAUGAAAAGGAAAAUUACAAUUUCUUGAACAAAAAAAUUAACUACAAAUGGGAUUUUGUCAUUAUGCAGGCCAAAGAGCAAUACAGGACUGGAAAGGAAAGGAAUAAAGCAGACAGGUAUGCGCUGGAUUGCCAGGAGAAGGCAUAUUGGCUGGUCCACCGAUGCCCUCCGGGAAUGAACAACGUACUGGACUAUGGCCUGGACCGAGUGACCAAUCCGAAUGAAGUUCAGGUAAACCAGAAACAAACAAUCACUGCUGUCAGAAAAGAGAUCAUGUAUUACCAACAGGCCUUAAUGAGGUCCACGGUGAAGUCUUCUGUGUCCCUUGGAGGGAUUGUCAAAUACAGCGAGCAGUUUUUGUCCAAUGACGCCAUCAUGUCAGGCUGCCUCCCUAGCAAUCCUUGGAUAACAGAUGACACCCAGUUCUGGGACUUAAACGCUAAAUUGGUGGAAGUCCCAACCAAGAUGCGGGUGGAACGAUGGGCUUUCAACUUCAGCGAAUUGAUCCGAGACCCCAAGGGCCGACAGAGCUUUCAGUACUUUCUCAAGAAAGAAUUCAGUGGAGAGAAUCUGGGAUUCUGGGAAGCCUGUGAAGAUCUGAAGUACGGAGAUCAGUCCAAGGUCAAGGAGAAAGCAGAGGAGAUUUACAAGCUCUUCUUGGCCCCAGGGGCGAGACGGUGGAUAAACAUAGAUGGCAAAACCAUGGACAUCACAGUCAAGGGGCUGAGGCAUCCCCACCGCUACGUGCUAGAUGCCGCGCAAACCCACAUCUACAUGCUCAUGAAGAAGGAUUCUUAUGCUCGCUAUUUAAAAUCUCCAAUCUAUAAAGAAAUGCUGGCGAAAGCUAUUGAACCUCAGGGAACCACCAAAAGAAGCUCUGGCCUCCCAUUUAUGCGGCGCCACCUGCGUUCCAGCCCGAGCCCCGUCAUCCUGAGGCAGCUGGAAGAAGAAGCCAAGGCUCGAGAAGCAGCCAACACAGUGGAUAUCACCCAGCCGGGCCAGCACACCGCGCCCAGCCCUCACCUGGCCGUGUACACCGGGACCUGCGUGCCCCCCUCUCCUUCCAGCCCCUUCUCCCCGUCCUGCCGCUCCCCGCGCAGGCCCUUCCCCUCACCCAGCCGCUUCAUCCGCAGGCCCAGCAGCGCCAUCUGCCCCUCGCCCAUCCGGGUGGCCCUGGAGAGCUCGGAGCCCAAGGGGGAGGCCAGUGGGCCGGGGGCCUGCGCGGGGCAGGCCGACGCUGACACCCGGGGGGCCUCGGCUGAGCACCCCUGGCCCCGGCCCCAGCCCAAGGCCCCGGCCAAGGCCCGCGCGGCUCUGACCUUCGGCAGGCUGCUGAGACGGGGCUGCUUAGCUUCCCCCGUCUUUGCCAGGCUCUCGCCCAAGUGCCCCCCGGUGUCCCACGGGAAGGUGCAGCCCCUGGGGGAUGUGGGCCAGCAGCUGCCGCGACAGAAAGCCAGGAGAGUAGCGAACUUUUUUCAGAUCAAAAUGGAUGUGCCUACGCAGAGUGGGACCUGCCUGAUGGACUCAGAGGACACCGGGACAGGAGAAUCGGGUGACCAGGGCAUAGAAAAGGAGGUCAUCUGCCCUGGGAGAGCCUGGAGGAGGGGAAAGCUAGCUGAGCCAGGGGCCGUGGACCAAGAAGACGCUUCCAGCAGACCCCGCCAGAUGGGGCCAUGCGCAUGCUUGUUCUGGAACCAAAGUGCAUUAUGAUCACCUUUGGGGGCCAGAGAGACAAGAUGGGAUGGAUUAUGGGGAAGUGUGU